UCAAGUGGUCGCUCGUCAACGGACGCACAGAAAUGGGACAUCCCUCAUCUGCUCCUCCUGCUUCUCAGGAACCUCCAGCAGCCUCUUCUUCCGAUCGUCCCACCAAGCCGGAAUCCGAUGAGAGAUCUCCGCCGUUCACGCCUAUCGUUAUGCGUUUCCUAGAAAGCGUCGGGCUUUCCAAAAAUCCCAUAGCGGAAAACUAUAGUUCAGAAAACUUCUAUUCCGAUCUCUUAUGCAACCACCUCAAGGUGCACACCGUACGACGUGGCCACGUCACCUGCUUCACCACCGUCAAGUCCACCAUCGCCAACUUAUAUGGUAUGAUGCACGGAUCGGCAGUUGCAGCAAUAGCAGAAAGAGUGGCGAUUGCGACGGCCAGAACAGUGGUGGGUGAGGAUAAGGAGAUGUUUCUUGGUGAAUUGGCUACGUCUUAUCUCUCUUCUGCUCCCAUAGAUGCAGAGUUGAUUGUUGAAGGAUCUGUGGUUAGAAGUGGAAGAAAUUUAACUGCAAUUUUGGUUGAGUUCAAAUGAGGAAGACUGGGGAACUGAUCUAUAGUAGCCGUGCUACCUUCUAUAAUUCACCCAUUGCCAAGCUAUGAAGUUUCCAAAUCGAACAUAUUUGUCAUUUGUGGCUCUGCUGGUAAUGUAACCCCUGUAACACUUCUAUUUCUUUGUGUUUGUAUUGCUAAAUAAAUAUGCUUGUGCUGCAAUCAUGUAUCAAUAAUGAAGAAAAAUGCUGUUUCUUUGUAAUUCUUGUUAAAAAUGAUGAAGGAUGCUGAUAGGAAAUACAUUGGAUCCUAGGAUUCUGUAAGUUAGUUUCUGUACUUUAUAAUAUUUCUAGUUAUUUACAUAUAGUUGCUAGCUUUGACCA